UCCUGAAGCCAGAUUCCCGUAAACACUCCUUUUUCUGAUAAAAAUCGCCAUUAAAAUUAAUCGAUCAUUUUUUUCUAAUUCACACGAAAACCAUGACCGUAGAAACUCUGCCAUAUCAAAACCACGUAGUCUCCAAUGGAGAUCUAGCCUCAACUAACCCUAACUCUACAAAGAAAUCCAAAGAGAGCGAACGCCGUCGUCGCAGACGCAAGCAGAAGAAGAACAAGUCUCACGCACCCGACGCUUCAGCCGCCGCCGCCGCUGCAGACGGAGACGACAGCGACGCCGCCAAUGGUGAUGGUGGCGAUGCAAAGGAGAACGCCGAUCCUCAACAGGUUAUGGAGCAAGUUGUAAUUGAGUAUGUCCCUGAAAAGGCAGAGUUAGAAGAUGGCAUGGAUGAGUUCAGGAAUGUUUUUGAGAAGUUCAAUUUCCUUCAAAGUGCUGGUUCUGAGGAGAAUGAUAAAAAGGAUGAAUCAAUCCAAAAUGCAGAUGCCAAGAAGAAAACCGACUCAGAUUCAGAUUCAGAAGAAGAAGAAGAUAAUGAACAAAAGGAGAAAGGCGUGUCAAACAAGAAGAAAAAGCUUCAACGGCGGAUGAAAAUUGCUGAUUUGAAACAGAUAUGCUCCAGACCUGAUGUUGUGGAGGUCUGGGAUGCAACUUCUGCAGAUCCGAAGCUUUUAGUGUUUUUGAAGUCAUACAGAAAUACUGUUCCUGUUCCUAGACACUGGUGCCAGAAAAGGAAGUUUCUGCAGGGUAAGCGUGGUAUUGAAAAGCAACCUUUUCAACUUCCUGAUUUUAUUGCUGCAACAGGAAUUGAGAAAAUUAGACAGGCUUACAUUGAAAAGGAAGACGGUAAGAAGUUAAAACAAAAGCAACGUGAGCGGAUGCAGCCAAAGAUGGGGAAAAUGGAUAUUGACUAUCAGGUUCUCCAUGAUGCUUUUUUCAAGUAUCAAACAAAACCAAAGCUGACCAUGCAUGGUGACUUAUAUCAUGAAGGAAAAGAGUUUGAGGUAAAGCUUAGGGAGAUGAAGCCAGGCAGUCUUUCUCAAGAACUGAAAGAAGCUCUUGGUAUGCCGGAGGGUGCACCUCCUCCCUGGCUUAUUAAUAUGCAGAGAUAUGGCCCUCCUCCAUCAUAUCCACAUCUAAAAAUUCCUGGACUUAAUGCUCCUAUUCCUCCUGGAGCUAGCUUUGGAUAUCAUGCUGGUGGCUGGGGCAAGCCUCCUGUUGAUGAAUACGGGCGCCCUUUAUAUGGAGAUGUUUUUGGGGUUCAGAUACAAGAUCAGCCCAACUAUGAGGAGGAGCCAGUUGAUAAGACCAAGCAUUGGGGUGAUUUGGAGGAAGAAGAAGAGGAGGAAGAGGAGGAGGAGGAGGAGGAGGAAGAGGAGGAGGAACAGCUUGAUGAAGAGGAGUUGGAGGAUGGUGUUCAAUCUGUUGAUAGCCUUUCAAGCACACCAACUGGAGUUGAGACUCCUGAUGUUAUUGACCUUCGCAAGCAGCAGAGAAAGGAACCUGAGAGGCCUCUUUAUCAAGUUCUUGAAGAAAAACAAGAGAGAAUUGCUGCAGGGACUCUACUUGGAACAACACACACAUAUGUGGUUAACACUGGCACCCAGGACAAGACAGCAGCCAAAAGGGUUGAUCUGCUUAGAGGUCAGAAAACAGAUAGAGUUGAUGUUACUCUACUACCUGAAGAAUUGGAAGUUAUGGAUAAUGUCUUACCCUCGAAAUAUGAGGAAGCAAGAGAGGAGGAGAAGCUACGUAGUCAGCGAGAGGAUUUCAGUGACAUGGUUGCAGAGAAUGAGAAGAAGAGGAAGCGUAAGAUGCAGGAAAAGGACGGGAAAUCGAAGAAAAAGGAUUUCAAAUUCUAAGGUGGUUAUGCUUAGGCUAUUUAUUAGAAAUGGAGGUCAACAGUCUUGAGGGAAUUAAUUACAAGCAUAUUCUGGUUAUAAUUCUGCCUGCACCAAAACACUUGCAUGAGAUGAUUUCUUGAAUUCUCAGCUUUGUUGUAUGGGUUUUGAUAUAAUAUGUUGAAGAGCCACCAGCAAAAAAUAUGAAUAGAACUAGCAAGCUUACGUAAGCUUUGCUUGUAUGAGAGUA